AUGAUUGCUGAUGACAGUGGCGUUGAUAUUGGAGCAAGUGAGCCUGCUGGGGCGGGAGGUGGUUCUAGCUCUGGCACACAGCAAUAUCCUCCGCACUUUUCAUCUUUGGACUUUGAUGCCAUGAGGCAGGAGGGGGUUCCUGGGGAGCCUGCUGGAUUUGGUGCUAGAGAUGCCGAAGGGUCUGCAGGUUUGACAGAGUUUCAGCUUGUCGCGAUUGCACAGGACGGGAACUCCAACAUUUUGCCUGUUACAUUCGCCCUGGUUGAGGACAGGCAUAACGGCAUCAAGGCGAUGCUUGAGGCUCCAGACGGGGGAUGGCUACCUCUCGCUGCCUACCGUGCAUUCUGCAUUCGAUAUGUGACAGCAAAUUUUGCCCUGACCUUCAAGGGCAAGGACGCAAGGAGGCUUCUUGUGAAUGCAACUUAUGCUAAGACCGAGGUGGAGUUCGAUUACUGGUUCGAUAUUCUGCGGUCCGAAGACCCUGCAAUGUGUGAGUGGGAGAACCGGAUUGAGUAUUCAUUGUGGACACAGCAUCGGGAUGAGGGUCGGAGAUUUGGGCACAUGACGACAAAUAUCUCCGAGUGUGUGAAUUCAAUCCUGAAGGGGGUCAGGAAUCUCCCUGUGUGCUCGUUAGUGAAGGCAACUUACGGGAGGUUGGCUGAACUAUUCGUCCGCAAGGGGAGAGAGGCUGAGGCCCAGCUAGGGACCGAACAACAAUUCAGUCAACACUUGGGGAAGUGUAUAGAGGCUAAUAUGAAGACGGCGAGGUGCUUCACGGUGACUUUGUACGACAGAGAUAACUCGGAGUUCAUCGUCUCGGAGACUACUCCUACUGGUUCGUUCUCACUUGGUAGCUACAGGGUCUCGCUUGCAUAUCAGACAUGUGACUGCGGAUACUUUCAGGAACUUCAUUUCCCGUGUCCUCACGCCCUGGCAUGCUGUGCCUAUUCACGGCUAACUUGGCAGCCGUAUGUCCACCAGGUGUAUCGUCUUAGCUCCGUGUUCAAUGUCUAUCGGAUAGGGUUCACACCUCCCAUUCCCGAGGAUUUCUGGCCACCAUAUGAUGGGCUGACAGUGAUACCGGACCCAACAAGAGGCGUGCAAGCGAGGGACGUGGCCUAG